UUGAACUUCAUUGCUUCAUUACGCAGUCUCUCUGAAUCCCGCUCUUUUUCUCUCUCUCUGAUCAAAUCGAAGGAGAAAAGCUAUGAGCACAAAGUUAAAAGAGAAGCGGCGGAGGUGCAGCUCAGCACCAAGGACAGCGAACGAUGCCGUCAUUUUCAAACCUUUUUUGGUCAAGCAGUGGGAAAAUCCUAAGAAUGUGUCGCAGAUAAAAGAGGCUUUUUCUUGGACUUACGACGAAUUUUUUUAAAAUUAUUUAUUUUAUUUUAUUUUACCUCUGUUCAAAGUAAGACGAACCCUGACUUUGUACAUUUUUACUCGAUGUGCGUUAAAUGUCUCUAAAUUCCUUAAAUAUUGUAUUUCGCCAUUAUCAAAAAAAAAAAAAAAAAGGGAGUAGCUUUAGCAAGGGUUUAUAAUUUAUCCUGUGAAACUCCUAUUGCAGAAUCCAUAUAUAUAAACGUAAAUCCAAGCAGAUGCGCUGUGCGUAAAAGCGUUGACACCGCUCGGUGCCAUUCAGCUUUGGUGCGCGGCGCACUGUUCGGCUCGUCUUGUUAAAAUAAUAUAUAUAUGUUUAUCGUUAAUGAGGCUGACGUGAAGCUUUUCCAACUACACCAACCUCUCAUGUGAGAUCUAACUGUCUCUUGUUUGAGCUUAGUUAUAUUUGAGUGAAAACCUUUUUUUAAUCGACUUUACAUACGAAAAGCAGAAAGUAGCACUUCAUUGUCGCAGCUGAUUUACUUCUUUUUUUUUUGCUCUAAAAUAAGAUCAGUACAGUCUAUUUUCGGAAUCAGGGGAAUCACGACUGCAUGUGGAUUGUACACAAUGGACCCUCCGGACAGGUACUGGUAUCCACUCCCUCCAGAGCCCAACUCCUCUGCAGCCGCUGGCUCACCCUUUUUCUUUCCCUCCCCUCGUCUCCUGAACGUCUCCUCCAACAUGUCCACGCAGAGUGUCCCCUUCCAGGGCAGCAGCACCCCGGUGACCGCUAUUAUCUACUUCACUGUCUUUUUGGUGGGUCUGACCGGCAACACACUGGCCAUUUACGUAGUGUUGCGCUACGCCAAGAUGAAGACCGUCACCAACAUCUACAUCCUGAACCUGGCUGUGGCCGAUGAGCUCUACAUCAUCGGACUGCCCUUCCUCACCACUCAGAACGUUCUCUCGUACUGGCCCUUUGGAUCGUUCCUCUGUCGUGUGGUGAUGACUGCGGACUCCAUGAACCAGUUCACGUCCAUCUUCUGCCUCACGGUCAUGUCUAUGGAUCGUUAUCUGGCUGUGGUCCAUCCGAUCCGUAGCACCAAAUGGAGACACCCUCGCGUGGCCAAGGUGGUGAGCGCAGCGGUCUGGGCUGUGUCCUUUAUCGUGGUCCUUCCAGUGGUCAUCUUCUCUGACGUGCAGGACAUGUUCAACUCCUGCAACAUGAACUGGCCGGAGCCAAAGGAUGUGUGGUCGACGGCCUUCAUUAUUUACACUGCCACAGUGGGUUUCUUUGGGCCGCUGCUCAUCAUUUGCCUCUGUUACCUGCUCAUUGUUAUUAAGGUGAAGUCGUCUGGGGCCAGGGUGGGCUUCAUUAACCGCCGCCGUUCAGAGCGAAAGGUGACGCGCAUGGUGGUGGUCAUCGUGGUGGUGUUCGUGCUCUGCUGGCUGCCGUUCUACAUCAUCAACAUGGUCAACCUGGUGGUCAUCAUCCCCGAGUCCAGUGUCACUGCCGGGAUCUACUUCUUCGCCGUCGUCCUGUCCUACGCCAACUCCUGUGCAAACCCGCUGCUCUACGGCUUUUUGUCGGAUAACUUCAAGCAAAGCUUCAGAAAGGUGCUCUGUGUGAAGGGUAUGAGGUGUGCCGCCAAUGGUGUCGAUGACGGUGACCCCAGCGCUCCACGCACAGAGAAAACUACGGCGCAGGACUGCAUCCUGCUCUCCCCUCGUAACGAGAUCUACCACGACGCACAGAGCAGCCAGAUCUCACCCCACCCCACUGACUGUUUUGGCCCCCACUCUGCUGCCGACCUGAACCGCUCCACCCCUAAAUACCAGCUUUCCUCCACGUUCCCGGGAACAGCCGCUGCUACGGCCGGAAACUCCUUGAUUAUUUCCGAGGCACCCGGACCUCCCACUACCACGGCCCUGACCACCGCCUCCUCCUCUGCCUCCGUAGCUCCAGAGGAACAGCAGUGAGUGGACUCUGGGUCCCACAGUGGGUCUACAGAAGAAAAACAAAGAGAGGCUGGAUUUGCUGUUUAAGAUAUCAAACUGAAAAAAAAAGUUUCUUUUUCCUUCAAACUGCAAGCUCACUUUAAACUAAUAGCUACACUUCUGCUUCUCAUUGUGUGACAAACUGUUGAAGAUUUUUGUUUACCAAGCCCAACUCUUCAUUAAGCCUCCCUCUGACAUAAGUGCCUUUUCAUCAGCUCCCAGUAAUCAUCUCAGCUCCUAAAGGAAGGCAGAAACAUUCACACAAUCUUUUUUUGUGUGGGUCCUUUGUGUCAAGGACUCUUUUAGCCUGUAACCAUGUCUACGCUUACUACGCCUUUUACAUUCAGAAAAUAGAAUCCAUACAACUUAUUUCAUAUAACUAACACCAAUGUUUUAAUUUGUACCUGAUGGUUUUUAUUGUUAUUAUUUAAUGCUCACACUAAUUUCUUAUCAUUUACUAUACAGUUAUGAUCAAAUUAAUAUCCUUUCAACAAGCGCAUUAGUACCUUAUUCGGUUUGGGCUUUUAAGUUAUAAACUGAAUCUUUCUUUUUCUAUGAAGAAGUGAUUAUACAACAUGCAACUUCAUUAGUUCCACAAAUUACAACUUAUUGUGAUUUAUGUUUUUCCCUUCAUCUGCAUAUUCAACAGUGACGUCCGGUGAGGUUCAUGACUGGUAAGGCACUGACUUAAUCAAAAUCAUAAGACCCCCUGCAUGUUGUACAUGCGGAAAUUUCGCGCAUGCGGACAACAUUGAAGGGCAAAACGACGGUACUUUCACACGCCAUCCAAAGCCGUGCUGCCAUGGUGGAAUAAUUCCGUUACCGUAAUGAAACUUGGAAAUAUAGAUAUUAUUUUAGUGCUAUGCUGCACGGCAACGGGAAAACCCGUUGAAGAGCAACUCAAACCACCAUUUUCUCUCUGUGUAUCGGCCAAGCUAUACGUAGACUCGUUGCGUGUAGCUUCACUGAUUUAUUGUACUGCUACUGUCUUACUCUGCAGACGCGGAGUCACAAUGUCUAGGAUCAUGAGCGCCCCCUGCCAUGAGGCAAGAGAACUGCCUGCCUCACCUCGAAUCUGUUCACACAAAACAUGUUACACACAGUUAGUAACAACAAGCACUGUACAUUAUAUACAUAAGAUAAAUGAUGGAAAGUCAGUUUGUAUAUUAAAAGUUUCUUAACCAUUUUAUUG